AUGGAGGACGAUAUUAAUAAGCCUUACAAAAUAUGUGAUGUGAAUCGUGAAAAGAAAAAAGGCAUUGUGGCGUCGUCAUUAGAAGAUUUGGUAGCUAAAGUGCCGGACAAAUUGGGCUUACCUGCUGAAAAUUUGACAGUAGUUCUCGAGUGUGAUGGCACUGAAGUUGACGACGAGGAAUAUUUUUCAACGUUAGAACCUGAUACUUCUCUAAUGAUAUUGCAUGGGAAUGAGAAAUGGACACCAAAUAUGCCAAAAUGCCAAGUAUCAUUAGAUCAGACUGAUGAUGUAACUUUGGGAGGCAAAGCUCAGGUGGCAAAUCUUGUAGGACGUUUACAGCAUAAUUUGUGUCAUAUUUCAUUACUUGGAGGUCAAGAUUUAGAGCUAUUGUCAGAUAUGGAUCCUGACAGUCUAGCAGAUAUUGUAACUGAUAGAGAUAACAGAAUAAUCCUAGAACAUAUUAAGGAAGCCUCUGGAAGAAUAUUAUUAGAGAAGCGUCAAGCGCAAGAUGCCAUGGAGCUGUUGAAAUUAUAUCAUCAAAGUGUUGCCAACGGAACAGAAGAUGUAUCUCCACCAAGCCAAGAGAGAGUG